CUGUGUCGUCACUGACGUGCGACUUUUUCUGGGCGGGAAGUUUUAAGAAAUUGAAGCGUCGUAAAUUUGUUUUGGGUGCAGGAUUAAUCCAUGAAGUUGGAAAAGAGAAUUUUACUUUUGUGGAUAUUUGUAUCGAGGAACGUAUAAGCUGUGCAAAAAGGAUGCAGAGAUCAGUGUCCACUCUCCGUUUGAGUCCACAGAUCAAAGUUAAAGUCCUCAAUGCGGGGUUUCAUAUGCUCGAUGACAUCAUGCAAGUCAGUGCGCUGGAACUCUGUCGAGAGACGGGGCUCAGCCAGGAGGAGGCAGUGGAGGUGCUACAGGCUGCGAGGAAGGAGGGAGGUGCUGAUGAAGGUGGAGGAUCAGGAAAUGGAGCUUCUCUGACCGCACUGGACCUUCUGCAGAAGGAAGAGGAGCUAAAUCGCAUUGUGACAUUCUCCUCGCGGCUGGACGCUGCGCUUGGAGGUGGACUUCCUGUCGGCAAAACCACAGAGAUCUGUGGGGCGCCGGGAGUAGGAAAAACACAACUUUGUUUGCAGCUGGCGGUGGACACUCAGGUGCCACCGUGUUUUGGCGGUCUGGGAGGUCAGGUGGUUUUCAUCGACACGGAAGGAAGCUUCAUGGUUCAAAGGGUGGUGGAUCUCGCCACCGCUGCGGUCCACCAUUGCACCUUGCUUGCCGAGGAUGCCGAGCAACAGGAUGCCGUGAAAACCUUUACCGUGGAAAGCAUCCUGUCCAACAUCUUCCUGGUGCGCUGCCAUGACUACGUGGAACUCCUGGCCGAGAUCUACCUGCUGCCCGACUUCCUAUCUCUUCACCCGAAGGUCCGCCUCCUGGUUAUCGACAGCUUGGCCUUUCCCUUCCGUCAGCAUUUUGACGAGCUUCGGACACAGCGGACCCGCCUGCUCAAUGGCCUGGCACAGCAGCUAAUCUCCAUGGCGACCAAGCACGACUUGGCGGUGGUCCUGAGCAACCAGAUGACCACGCGGCUGCAAGGUGGACGAUCUGAGCUGGUUCCCGCCCUCGGGGAAAGCUGGGGCCACGCGCCCACCCAAAGACUCCUCCUGCGCUGGGCGGGCUGUCAAAGGCAGGCGACUAUUUUUAAGUCACCAGACCAUCAAGAGGCCACAGUGAACUACCAAAUAACCACAGACGGCUUCAGAGACGAUGACGAAUCAGAGGAGCCGCCUAGUAAACGGCCUCGAACUAAUACUGACCAAUCAGCUGUCUUGUAGAAUAACUCUGAUAUGACGAUGCAGAGACCACAGGUGGCCAAACACUAUUCAAAGCCAAUGAGCUCAGAGAGUUAUAGGUUAGAAAAUGUGACACAUUUAUGUCAAAUAGGAGUCUAAGGAUAGUGCAAUAUUUAAAUUAAAAAAAACAAAAAAAAACGACACUCCGCUGGUUGAAUUUGACGAGACUGCUGGAUGCUGGAUAUGUGGGCAGUGAGCCAAUUGGGGAUGGUUGUCACCUGUUUGCCAUCCUAAGGACAGGGCCAUUCAAGCCACAUAACAUUAAAGUCAAUGGAGUGUACUUUGAAAUACCUAUAGAUUGCUCCGUUUUCAACCAGGUUUAUAAACAGCUUGGAUUUUCAUUAAUGUCAGAUGCAGUAACUUUACUGCAUACUUAAGAAUAUAACAUCUCAAAAUCCGGCCUGACUCAUAGCCACAUUAAUAUGG